AUGGCCACUGAUGUCCAGCAGCUUUAUGUUGUUAAAGAAGAGUUUCCCACCGAGCAGCAGGAGUGGAGCUCCACUCUGGACCAGGAAGACCCACCAGAUGUCCUACAGAUUAAAGAGGAACAGGAGGAACUCUGGAUGUGUCAGGUGGGAGAACAAAGACUGGAGGAGUUACCAAUCAGUCCUGUUCCCGUGAAAAGUGAAGAUGAUGAAGGUAAACCUCAGUUCUUACAACUUUGUGGAACCACAGAGUCUCCAACAAGCAGUUUGGCUCAACAUGUGGGAACAGAAUUUGAUGGAGAAGACUUUCAAGGGUCAGAAUCACAUUUACAAGAGUCAGUCAAGACUUCACACUCUUCUGCAUCGGAGACUGAAGACAGUGAUGGUGAUUGGGAGGAGUUCAGGCAUCCACAGUGGGAUUUAAAUGUCCUAAGUAAUAAUGUAAUCUCUUUAGAUAGUUUGGGAGAUGAUAGUGCUAUGAAAUCAUUCAGUUGUUCAGAAUGUGGGGAACGAUUUGCCCAGAAGGGGACUAUGCAGAGACACAAGAAACAUCACACCGGGGAGAAACCAUUCAGCUGCACAAUCUGUGGUAAAAAAAUGACUCAGUACCAUCACUUAGUUGGUCAUAUGAGAUGCCAUUCAGGAGAAAAGCCCUUCAGCUGUUCGGUUUGUCAUAAAAAAUUCCGAUGGAGUCGAGACGUGGCAUCACACGUGAGAAUCCACACUGGGGAGAAACCUCACAGCUGCUCGCUGUGUGGGAGACGAUUCAGGCAGCAUUCGUCACUGUUCACCCACUCAAAGAGUCACAAUGAAGAGAGACCACUCAGCUGCUUGGUUUGUAACAGAAGGUUUCAUCUGAAGACAACUUUGGUGAAUCACAUGUGACCACACAGUAGAGAGAAACCUUACCGCUGCACAGUGUGUGGUAAAGGGUUCAGCCAAGUGAGAGCGCUGAACAGACAUGACGGAAUCCACACUGGAGA